AAAAAUAGAACAUGCAACCGAAACUACGUGAAGAAAGUCAAAAGGAAAAAUUCUUCAUUCAAUACACACGAUUUUAGAAAAAAAGAAAAUCGAAAGAAACGGAUUACUAAAAUAUAAUUUAGUAGUAAAAGAGCACAUUUCUGUAAAACAAAUUGUUGAAAAAACGUUAAAAAAUCGUGUUAAAAUAUGGCUGAAAAUAACGGUGAAAUUGUGGGAGACAUUAACAAUAAUGAAGCACAAGAAAUUGUGGAAAAUCCAUCAGGAAAUCAAAAUAAUAAUAAUGAAUUAUUAGAUAUGGUAUUCACAUUGGAAAGUGAGAAACAACAAUUGGUAGAAGAAUCGCGUAAACGUAUAGGAGCUUUGCGUAAAGAUUUGGAGGAAUCUUUGGGUGAAAAUGAGAAACUCAAAAAGAAAGUUAAUCAGCUGGAGCAAUCGCUUAAACAGUCGGUUAUGUUGGGUGGUGUAGAUGCCCCCAAAACUAAACAAGAUCAAGAGGAAUUAUUGUUGAAAGCCAAAACUUUACUCUUCGAAAAGACUAAAGUCAAUAAACAACAAGAACAACAAAUUGCUACAUUAAAGGAACAAGUUGAGGCCAUGAAAGAUGUUGUACAAGUAACCAAAGACAUGUUGAAUUUAAAAACUGCGGAAUGUGAACACAUGCAAACCAGAUUGGACAAAUCUCAUCUGUGGAUCAAGGCGGAAAAGGAUAAGUGUACCAUUACCGAAAAGAAAUUGGCCAUAUCGAAGAGUGUGUUUGACAAACUAAAAGUUGAACAUGAUUUACAAACGAAAAUUCAUAGAGAAUUGAAAGAAAUCUACGAACAAAAGAUUAAAGUUUUAAAUGAAACAAUAGAAAAACUUAAAGAUUAAUAAACAUGGGUAGCAAUUAAAAAAAUAAAUUAAAAUCAAAUUUAAGUUUAAAUAAUUUGUUGUGGUUAAUUGUUAUUAGUAGAAAAUUAAACGAAUAAAUUUAUAAUUAAUAAACUCGAUUAAUUUUA